UCACCCACUGUCAAGCGCUCCCUUUUUGAGCGGGUACUGCAGAUUAUUGUAAUAUUCUAGGCAAGGAAUUCUACGCAAGGGAACUGAAAAGCGUACGCCUGCCGCAAAUAUCAGUUCCCUUUCCCUUGUGCGAUCCCGAUUUCGAUUCGGCGAGCGGUUCACGCAAAGCACGCAUCGAACAGAUCGUCCGAGAAUAUCAGCGGUUUUUGUGUGAUAUGGGCCUUUUCCUCGGAACAGCCCCGUGAAGAAGCGUAACAAAGUGCGUUCCAUGGCUGCUGUUGGCGCGCGCUCGCUGUGCAUCGUUUGACGGGAAGCUCCCAUUUCCACUAGUCGCAGUGCCAAACGGGCGCUAGUGCAAUUCCGUUCGCAGUGCAGUGAAACGAAGGUGAAGCGGAAAUCGUAUGGAGGAACGUUUUGCUUUCCAACAAUUGUCCUAGCACGGCGCGCCAGCGAGGGCAGAAGGGCAGACCACCACGAUCCGGACCUGCGCGUUGGUGUGAGCGAGACAGCACAGGUGCUGAACGGCGGAAAAAACAGCCAUAGUACGCUCUGACUCCUGCAUAGAAGGCAAGCCGCGUAUUUCUGUCAUUUUCUAGCGCGUGAGCGUGUGUGUGAGUGUGUGUGUGUGUGUUUGGGUGCGCGUGUGAGUUUGUGUGUUUGUGCUGCGGGUGCAUAGCACUCUAUUGUUACGAGCAGGGGGAGCCGCAGCGCAGUGUAAUCGGGGCAUUUCAAGAAUCGCGGGAAGGGGAAGAAAAAGCACCGAACUUAUCGCAAUUCCUGCUGCAUGGUCAGUAUCCGCAAGCGAAGCGCCGAACCGACCACCUGCCGUGCGGGGUAGCGUGACACCCGGUGUAGCGAUAGUUUUUUCUGCUCCGACGACGGCGGCACACUUGCACGAAGCGCGAUGGAAAAGCAGGCCAGGAAGCACCCGGACGUUUCACCUGCUGGGGCGGGCUGCGUCCCAUCGUCGUCGGGCGGCGGCAGCACCAGCAGCAAAACCAAAAAGAACCAUCCCCUGAGGAAGAAGGAAAAGGAUACGGAGGUGAUGGGCCGACCGCCGCGGGCCGAGGCACUGACCACCGAUCACGAGGUGUUUAUGCAGGCCUUCGAAAAAUCCACACACAUUUAUCGAUUUCUUCGGACGCGAAACAUUUUAAAGCCAAUCUUUCUGCACCGCAAUCUGACCUACAUGCGUAAUCGCAUGUCUCGAUCUCACAAAUCCCGCCAGUCUUUCAAAAUCGACUCAAUGCUCGAGAAGAAGGUGGCCAAGCUGCGCUCGGAGAAGGCGAACGGUCUGACGAUGGCCGACGGCUACCUGACGCUGGUGUUUCUGGGCUUCUUCGACGAGAAGAAUCAAACGAUCCGCAACGGUGCGGCGGACAGCAACGGGAUCGUGGUGCCGCUGAAAAAUGCCUUCCCCGACGAGCCGCACGACGAGGCGGACAUCGGGGCGUCCGACUGCGGGCGCAAGUGUGUGCAGGUGGAGACGAAUCUGCUCAAGAUCGCGCACACCAAGCGCAAGGACGCGUCGGCCGCCACCCAGAUGCAGCUGACGAUCGGCAAGUCGCAGGUGCUGGUGAAUCCCAAGGAUGAGCAGCCAGCGGUGGAGGGGGGCGGCAGCGGUGGCACCCUCGGGCAGGAGGAGAAACCACCGAUCGUGAGCAUACCGACGGAUACGUUCAACACCAACGGCAUGGUGAAUCAGGUGGCCGCCACGCAGGUCUCGUUCGUACUGCGAUUUCGCGUGCAGUACACGGCACCGGCAGGGGCCGGCCCGGGCGAUACGAACGGGGGCGAGCACAAUAACUACCUCACCAACAGCGCUGGCACGGUGAGCGACGGCGAGGAACCGUCGGCCAAGCGGCAGAAGCUGCACGGCCACAGCAAGCUGUACAGCACCGAGCUGACCGUGUGCGACAAGUACGGCCGGUGUCUGCUGAAGCAGGCGGACUACGAGCUGACGGUGCGAGAAAUCAUCUCGCACCAGAAGACGGUCGCGGCCAAGUACGGUUCGCCGAUCAAGAACCGGUACUGGUCGUCGAUGCCGGAAGCGUACGACAUCAUGGACUUUCUGCCGUCGGACGACUGUGCCAAGGGCGACGUGCUGCCACCGACCAGCGAGGACUUUAUCGAUCGCUACGAGGAGAUGAUCCGGCCCAUUCUCAAGGUUCGGCUGCUGUGGACCAAAGAGCCGCCGCGCGGGUACGAGCCCGCCGGUGCGGCGGAGAUCAAGCUGGAGAACGGGUACAGCGAUAAGGAGAACCACAAACCACCGUCCCUGGAACCGUUCCGGAAGGGGCUGAACAUCAACAUCAACAACAACAGCAUUCUGACGCCGGCGGCCGCGGCGGCGGGCCAUCCCGAUGAGGUUGAACCGUCGGCGACGGCUCCGGGCGAUGAAGACACGCCAAUGGUCGACGAGAAGUCGAACCUGGCCGUCGUGGUCAGCAACGGGGGGGAGGUGGGUCCAAAGAAAGAGGAAGACGGCAAGCGGGUGAUCUAUCACUUCAUCCACAACAACUACUCCCGCCAGCGCACGGAGACCGGGGACGACUAUACGUGCCCGUGGUGCUCCUUGAACUGUGCCGUGCUGUACUCGCUGCUGAAGCAUCUGAAGCUGUGCCACGCGCGGCUCAACUUCAACUACGUGCCCAUCCCGGAGGGUGCCCGCAUCGACGUGACGAUCAACGAGCUGUACGACGGGUCGUACAAUGGGUCGCCGCACGAUCUGCUCGGCCCGACGACGGCCUACACGGUGCGCGAUCCGAUGCGUCGGACGGUGGUGACGAACCUGCUCGUCUGUCGCCCGCGGCGACCGAAACCGAGUCUGUCCGAGUUUAUCGACAACGACGAGAACGAGUUCGACAGCCAGCGGCCGUACAUUACCGGCCACAGCAGAAUGUACCAUCACACCAUGACGUGUCUGCCAGUGUACCCGAGGGAGCUCGACAUCGACUCGGAGGGCGAGAGCGAUCCGCUCUGGCUGCAGCAGAAAACGAUGCAGAUGAUCGACGAGUUCACCGACGUUAACGAGGGCGAGAAGGAGCUGAUGAAGCUGUGGAACCUGCACGUCAUGAAGUACGGCUACUCCGGCGACUGCCAGAUACCGAUCGCGCUGGAAAUGUUUAUCGAUCUCCGCGGCCGCGAGCUGAUGGCCCGCAACCUCUACCGCAACUUUGUGCUGCACAUGUGCUCGCUGUUUGACUUCGGGCUGGUGUCGGCCGACGUCAUGCAGCGCAUCAUCAGAAAGCUGCGGAAAAUACCAGCCAACGAUACCGAACUGCAGCAGACGCUGAAGACGGCGCGGACCGAACAGAUGGACUACUGGAACAACGUGACCGUGCACAAGCCGCAAACGAUCAAGACGGAACAUAGGAACGGCAGUGGAGAGCGUACGGCCGGCGCAGGCGCAAGCACGUCCAUCUCUGGCAGCUCGUCCUAUCAGCACCACAAGUCUGGGCACGGCGUUGGUGGCAGCGGCACGUCCACCACUGCCGACGGACAGCAGCGCAAGGUGAAGCCAACGAUAACGCCGGCAAAGAACACGGACCCGGGAGAGCAUUCCCGGCGUCGUCGAAGUGCCGGAAACGCGAACAAAAGCACCGGUGGCAGUGGGUCGCAUUCGUCCGCCGGUAAAGCGACCACCAGCAGCGGCUCGCCACAUUCCACUACCGCGGGGCUAAAGGCACCGUCGGGCUCGGGGAAAACGCCGUCAUCAUCCUCAUCCACUGCCAACGCUGCCGGGGGCAGAAAAUCAUCCUCCACCAAACUGUUUGCCUCUCCUACCGCCCUAUCCGCCUCCGGCACGAACAAACACCACAACCAUUCGACGGGCAGCAUAACCUAUUCCCCCAUAAUGACGCGCAGGAAAUCUCUUUCCCUAGGUUCGCAUCUGCUGCUCCGAAAGCGGUCCCUCAACUGAUGCUGGCUGUAACGGGCGCGCGGGCUGUGCCGUCCUACCGGUCCGACCACCGGCCACUGGCUGCAUACUACUACUACUGCUGGCGAUGCAUCGAGCCCGGACAGAGAGAGAUAGAGAGAGAGAGAGAGAGAGAAAGAGAGAAGAGAGCGAAGGGAAUCAUAUAUUUUAGCAAGGGAGGUGGUGAACACGCUCUAGGUAAAGGGCGCACAGUACGCAGCACUGUGUGGAUUGCACGAAAAUGAACAUACUUUCUGAUAGCAUAUUUUUAUACAAUACGUAUUAGCAAGUAAGUGUAAGCACACACACACACACGCAGCACACGCCGUAUCAAAGUGUUGUUACCCGCGCAAAGGUGUGUAGAGCUGAAAUGGGGCGAUCCUAAACGAUGUGCCGACAGUGAGUGGUUUCAUUAACCGCCCAGAACGAAGAAAACAAAAACAAACAAAACAAGUCAUGUUUCGAUGGCAACAGAUUACAGGAACGCGCAUGGUGGUAGACAAAUGAAACGACUAUUCUUAUUGGAAAGUUGCAAAACAACAAAAUCCGGUCAACAAAAUUGUAAAUCUGAUGUCGCUUGACACACCUACAAGUGUCGUUGUGUGCCGGAUAAUGGAGGAAAACAGUAUCACCAGCUGGAGCUAUAAUAACCGAUUGUGCUUUUAAAAGCGAAACAAAAUCAACGAUAGAGGAAGGCACACACAGUAAGAGAGAUGGAAAACUAUUGCAGGAAUGUUUCUCGGGAAAGUGUAGUGAAAAUAAUUAGUAGAGCAAUCUAGAAACAGCUACAGUUUACGUCCUAAAAGCGUAGGGAAGGGCGACACUGCCUCUAUGGUUGGGGUGUGGUAGGAUAAACAAUUGCAUAUACCUCGGAAGGGAUCGGGCGAACGUUGGUCGUGUGAAAUGUGGCUUUGGUUCUAUCCGUUUGGUUGUCGUCUCUUCUCCAUCAAGCCACAACAUUCAUUUUUAGCUCGUUGUCUAUCCAUAUAAUCAAGUAGACAUUGGAAAGCAUAAGAAUGGAGACGAUUACAAAGACGCAGCAGGCAAGGUCCUAGAAACGGGGAUUACGUGUUCACCCACCACAAACACACACAUACUGAUACACUGCCAUUUGUUCCCCCGCUUCUCGCAGGAUCGCGACGAUAUGUUGUUAUGAACUGAAAGAUCCAUAAUGUCGACGAUUGACUGAUGAUAUGGGUGUUAAUUACUAAUCGAAGGGCAAAAUAAUACGAGGGGAAACAAACUUUCGUGUUCGGAUUGUUUGAUUUUAUAAAAUUGUUUUUUUUUAAUUAGUUUGCGCGCAAUCUAUUUUCUAUUCCUUUCAUCUAACCAAUGUAACAAGUGUUAGAAAGAAAGGGGUUUUUUUGGAUAGCGCCUAGUUUGAAUUAUCGGAAGUAGCGAAGGUAGCUUUUUUUAACGUCACCGUCUUAAUGUUUUCUCGGCUCGAAAGCGGCGUUUUUGUUUUUUUUUUUAAUUGCUCAUAUCAUAUGCGUGGCACUCUCGUCUUCUCCUUCUGGCACCCAAUUUCCCCAGCACUGAGUUGCCUCCUCAAGACUCGUUUGGGCAGGACAGUGAGAGCGAGUGGGGGGUAAAAACUUUGAAUUAGCCAACCGUCCUGCCCUGCCAAUCACUACCCCCUGUUUUAGUGUCGAAUUUAUGUAAUGACGCAAUAAAAAUGAAUUUAAAUGGAAA